AUGAGAGCCACCACCAGGAAUAUAACAGGGGAGCAGACUCAAAAUGCCUGGGGACAUGCGGAUUUAGAAUUGAGAUUUGAUGAAUACGUAGCGACAAAAACGGAACAUGUUUCUAAGACGACCCCAACGAUGGUGUGCAGACCCAAACAGCACAUAGCGUUUCUGAAAGUCCACAAAUGUGCCUCCAGCACGAUAGGAAGCGUGAUUCAGAAAUUUGGCAUCGAACACGACCUCGUCUUUGGUCUGCCAAAACAGGAUACAGGUCACGUGGGCUGGCCGGAGCCAAUCGUACCUGACCACGUAUAUUUCUAUAACGAGGCUGCAGCAGCCGGUUUGAAAAUUGAAAUGAUUGUGCACCACAGUGUGUUCAAUCUGACGACGUUUGAAACGAUUAUGCCAAACGACACAGUAUUUGUAACAAUACUCAGAGAACCCUUUGAGCAGUUCGCCUCCGGGAUAAAUUUCUUCGGAGCGGCCCAGUUUUUAGAACUGCCCCGGAACUCGGACAGAGUAGAGACGUUUCUAAGGCAACCAGAACGCUAUGAGCGGGAGGUGCCAUUUUGGUUUGGGCAUCACCACCUAGCGGGAAAGAAAUCAAUCACGCGGAAUAUGAUGGCGACCGAUUUAGGAUACCCGGAUGACAAGUUCCAUGACACGGAGUUCGCUUUAGAGUACAAUGACUUCUUAAGCAAGACUUUCCUUGUAGUCAUGAUAAAGGAGAAUAUUCACGAAUCUUUGGUCGUACUUCGCAGGCGGCUGUGUUGGAAAUUAAAGAAUAUCUUAUUUAGAAGACUCAACAAGCGGUACUCGGAGGAUGAAAUAGGGUACUCUGAAUACUCGGAUCGCAUCCAUGGCAGCCAUAAGAACUGGAGUUCGGUGGAUUAUUUACUGUAUGGCCAUUUCAAACGAAAGCUUGAGCAGGAAAUUGAAGAUGGCGGAAUUGAUUUGAUGGACGAAGUCACCCAUUUUAUAUCAGUAAAUGACAAAUUCAAUUCAUUUUGCGAAGGAUUGGGAAGAACAUCAACUGAUGCGAAAUUGUCAACAGAUAGAUAUUUAGCGCGGCAGUCUAUGCUCGUUCCAGCAACAAAAUGGAACAACAAUUUUGAAAUGACGGCGGGUGAUUGUUUACAGUUGUCAAAGAUGCCUUGGGAGAUCACGUGGUCUCAACGCAGACGAUUUGAUCAGAGGUUGCGCGAACGCCAAAGGAUAUUUGAGUCGCGAAAAAAGAGUUAA